UUGGUCCUUAAAGGCUGUGACUGAUCAUUGUUGCCAGCCAACUACGAAAACAACAUAACUGUCUGCGGUGUCAAGCGAGGAUGCAAAAUAUUUUCAGCAGAAUGAGGAGCAGCAGGUGUAGUGAACAGUGGGGGGCACUGCUCCUCCUCCUGUCUUGCUUUCUGCUGUGUGUCCACUCUCAGGUGGAUCCACAGCAGCCCCCACCAGCGGGCGUAGAGAGUGGAGCUCAUAUAACUGGUCACGGUCGCCUGGACAAAAACAUGGUCCAGGACAAAGACCACAUCAUGGAGCAUUUAGAGGGAGUGAUAGACAAACCAGAGACAGACAUGUCACCUCAGGAGCUUCAGCUGCACUAUUUCAAGAUGCACGAUUAUGAUGGCAACAACCUGCUGGAUGGGCUGGAGCUCGCAACAGCUAUCACACAUGUACACAGAGAAGAGAGAGGAGAGAACAGCGCGCCAAUGAAAGAGGAGGACCUUAUAACUCUUAUUGACGAUGUUCUGAAGGAUGAUGACAAAAACAAUGACGGGUAUAUAGAUUAUGCAGAGUUUGCCAAAUCACUAGAGUAAGAUGUCAGUGGAGCGCUGGCAUUCUUCAUGUCCACAACAACAACAACAACAACAACAAGGAAUCUGCAGAGAAGAGAAGAGAAGCCACCAAGCUGUCUAGAAACCAUUGUCUAAGCGUUGCUGGCGAUCAGUCAGGGUUAUUGGUGAUUAAUGUCCAAGUUCUGGAAAUUUUUGUACUUAAUAAGCUUGUGACACAUUGUUUUUUUAAAGUGAUGUCUAAGCUGGUAGCAGCAAAAGUGAUUAUACCAGUAAUUUAAUAAGCAACACAAAAGGAGGACGAGAAAAGGGUCUUUUUAGUUGGACUCUGGUGUAUGCUUGUGCUGCAGUGACACACCUGCACCUUCUGUUUUUGUAGGUUCCUUGAAAUCAUGCCUUUUUUUUAAAGGGUCAGUUCACUCAAUAUCACUGACAAACACCAUUACCUAACCCCUCAUGAUAUCUUACCAUGCAUGUAUACUGUUAAUUCAGUUUGGUGAGGUUUCAAUGAUCUCUGAGAUCACUUUUCCCAAAAUGCGUACACAGUAAAAGCCCAAUACCUUCACUGGGAACUAAUACAACUAUCAAUACAAACUCCUGAGAGUCCCCUGGACAUUACUCUGUGUCAUUUUUAGACGUGUUGGAAGACUGUGGCAAAUAAAACCCAGACUAUCUUCAACUUCUAAUUUUGGAAGGUUUUGGGUGAAUUGGCCCUUUAUACGUACAGUCUAAACACUCUAAUAGUGUGUGUGCUUCUUUUGACGGUGCUACACUUAAUUCACUGUGGUAGCGCAAUAGCAUCUAAACAGAAUGUCAUCACUUUUUUGGACCCGAGUUUCCAUUUAAAACUGGUUUCACUCUGUACAGUGUGCAUACUGGACCCAAGCAGACACACACUCAUUUACAUGAACACACUGUGGUUGUGUGACACUCAACGUUGUGGACCAAAUGAUUCCUUCUGUGAAUCCAUUUCAUUCGCUGUCUGUGAUGAGGAUGGGACAAACGGGUCGUUCUCAUGACAUUAGAAAGUGGCCUUGACUUAAUCAGAUGUACAGUAGCCUGAUGUAGUGUAUGUGUGUGUGUCUGUGUGUGUGUAGAGAGGAGAGAACCAUGCUGAACUGAUGAGGUCGCAGGUAGAGCACUAUAUUGUAUGUUGCCUGCAGAGUCUCCAUUCAGCAGUGGUUCAUCAGCCCAACAUGUCUCUUCCUGGGGUUGUAUUUGCUGUUAUUGUCAUAAAGAUAUGACAUGAGCCAAUCACCAUCAUCGUCACUGUACAUUCUGUGAGCCAGCUGAUACUUGACAUAAAUCUAAUGUCAUAGAAUGAAUGAAUGUAUGUAUGUAUCACAGCGCUGUGCUGCUGAUUCUUUAUCACUGGAUAAUCUCAACUCAAAGCACACUGGUUGAUGCUGCUGCCACUGCAGUUGUUAAAAUGCUUCACAGGUUUCCAGUCAAAGUGUUAGGAAGCAUCAAACUCAACAUGUUUUUGCUUCAAAUCAUUAGCUGCCUUUAAAACAGAUAUGAAUCAAAUGUCAUGGCUGAGUGUGUGAGUGUCUCAACAUUUGUUGAAUCCAUCUUUGAUUGUUUCUCAAGUGUGGAUGAAUUCUAUAUUUCUGCCGUUCAGUAUUGAUUCUUCAAUCAGUUCAGGUUGUUAAUUAUAUUUUUAAAAAAAAAACAAACUGAAAGCAUAACAGAUGCAACUGUGUUGUCUCUGGAAUGUGAAAUAAUAAAAACUGUAAUCUACAGGCU